GGAAGUAAUAACUGUUUUUAAACGACGGAUUACUGAGUAGCGUUUGUGCAUCGUGAAGAUAUUUCAGUUUUAGCAAUGUUCCAUAUUGUGGAGUUCACCGAUACAUCUGAAGUGGAGGUUGUGCCAUCUUCAUGGGUGGAGAAUGGGUCGUGUGCUUGGCCAUUUUACAAGUCAAUGGCUAAGAUUUAUAAUGCUGUCAUGAUGCAAGAAACUCCGGAUCAAUCUUGGGCAACCUUCGGGGUGCGGACUAUUUACACUACAGACUCAUACGGGGAAGCUCAACUUAAACUUCCAGAGGCAACUGUGAUGUCUGUCUCGCAGACAGAGGAGGAUGAUGGUCACUCGUCAUACCCCAAAAGAAACAUCAGUAGUGACGGUGAUGAAGAGAACUUAUCUGGAGGAAUGAGACGGAGGAAAAAAGUUAAAAAGGAGGAUCUUUUAGAAGUCGAUGCAGCAUCGCAAGUACCGUCACCACCAAUGACUACCGCAGAUGCUGCAUGUUCCAGUACGCCCUGGAAUAUUUUCAGUCCUUGUUCCAGAGCAGUCGGAGAUAAAGACAGAACCUGCUGCAACUCGUCAUGUCUCUUGCUACUGACUGAAGUGUUGAAGUCACAAGAGGUCAUAAAGCAGCAACUGGAGCUGAUUCUUAAAAAUCAGCAUAAACAGAAUGGUACUCUGCAGCAUGAUGACAUUACAGAUGCAAGCACAUUUGACCUUCCUCUGUCCAGUUUAUUUGAUUUGGAGAAGCUAGAGCAUCAGCUAAACGAGCAGCCUGAACAAAUGAAGAAGUUGGUAGCCUACUUUGGAGUUAUUGGUGGGUUUUCCAUUAAAGAAGCAGUGUGGCGUAUCAUGAAAAAGCUGUUGACCACCUCCCUGGCUAAACAAAUUAACUGGAGUGGAGCAAACCAAAAAGUGUCCUUCCGUGCACUCACCCUCAAGACUGUCGUAGUCCAUGCAGUGAGGUCAAAUAACCAUACGAAGAGCGCCACUGAUAAAGAGGUGGAAAAAUGCAUCACGAGGUGGCUACAACUUGCUCCUGAUAGGGAUGGAGGAAGGAGGGGAAGAGAGAAAGCCAAUGUGGCAAAUGCCUAAAUCACAAAUGUUUUAUUUCUUUUUUUUUAUUUUAUUCUAAAACAACAUUUUAAAUGCUUUAAGAUUCUCUGAUACUUAGCCAAUGUCUUAUAUUUUACAUGGGUGUUUUCAGUUGUUAAGCAUUUUAAAACUUUAUUGAGGUUUGAGAAACGUGUGUGUGUGUGUGCGCGUGUGCGUGCAGUUUCAAAUUUUUCUUUAAAUAUUCCAGUUUACUUGAUUUCUUUUACAGUGUGUAAUUAUUGUGCUAUUUUAUUGUUAUAUUGAAGUUGUGAAUUCUUGUGCACGGCAAAAUUCACCUUUAUAAUUUUUUUUUGAUAUUUGUGCCAUCCAAUAAACAUUAUUAUUU